CACUUCCGGAUCCACUUGUUUACUUUCAGAUGUCUCUUUCUAAAAUGGGAGUAAGCUAGUCAGCUAGAGUCUGAAAAUAAAAUUUACGAAAAUGCAAUUAAUCAGAACCCACUGAAUUUUACUUUAUUACUGUUUUUACAGAAACAAACUGCGGACAUUUUAGAAAAUAAUUUUGCGUAAGAACAUUUUAUCUGUAAAAGUCAAAUUUUUAAACUUUUUAGCUAGCUGUAGGUAGCUAGCUGUACUUCCCCCAUGUAGCUGCCCAGCUUUGCUUAUCUAACCUGUAAGGGAAAUUAAAGAGAAGAGCUUAGUUCAACGUUACUUUCCUGGCUUUUGGAACAUUUGCGCUUAUAAUGAAACGAGAUAGGCGCGCGCGGCUGGCCGCUGUUUCGCCCCUGACCAGGCACGCGCACUCGCCAGGAGCCAGCAAGCGACCCUGUCGGCGAGGGAGACCGAGGGCAGGUUCUGGGAAGAAUGCACCCAGACAGGGAUGCGAGCUAAGUCGUAGGGACGAUGACCCGGGGGAAAGCGCCUGGGGAGGACGGCUAAGCAUUGACACAAUCCCAGCCACAGGGACAGGAGAGGCCGGAGGUCCCCAGAACGAAUCAAGGACCACAGGUUCGGGUCGACUUAGCGCUGCCUUUUGCCGACUGUGCCACGGGAAGUUUUCCCCGCGCAGCCUGCGGCAUGCGUUCGGCAAGUUGCAGGGAGAGUCCGUGAAGCUCGCAGCGGAGGAGAGGCUGCGACCGCCACCGCUCUUCUGCACCGACUUCCAGCGCCUGGUGGGCGUGCCAGUGAGCCGCGACCCGCUUCUGUCUCAGUUCGUAUGCAAGAACUGCCACUCGCAGUUCUACAAGUGCCACAGAGUCCUGCUAACCUUCCUCCAGCGGGUCAACCUGUCGCCCUCCACGCCCGACAGCGCCACCGAAAGGGGUCAUUCCAUGCAGUCUUAUUCAGCAGAAGGGGCCUGUCUGUCAGGCCCUCCCAUCACCUCCUCUCCCCAGUGCCUCCAUGGUCUGGUCUCCUGGACGCACCACCAUGCGGUAGACUGCAGCUCCUGCCCCGGCCUGCAGGAGGUGCUGGAGGGGCAGUACCGGGGAGCGGUUCGGGUGGUGUGGGGGUGCAUGGACGGACACAGCUACAUGAUGGACGCACAAGCGCAUCCGGAGAGAGACCAGCAGGCUGUCAGAACCGGCUCCCCGGACUCUGGGACAGCUCUGAGGCCGGUGGGGGCAGCCCUAACCCAUCCAAGCCCGGCUGCCGCCCCCCAGAACCAGGCCCCCGCCCUGCGGACCGCUCCCAGCACAGACACCGCCGGCGCUUCCGGGGGAGCACUGCGCAGCGAGGCGACGGUCACGCCCGCGCCAGCCGACCCUGUGGACGGGGCAGGGGAAAGUGACCUCUCUGACAGGAACUUCUCUAGCGACGACGAAGACGAGGAGAGGAGGAAGAGCGGCUCUUCGGAUGAGCUGUUUGAGCCCUUUCCCGAGAAGCGGGUCGUCUCCUCCAAGAAGGGCGGCAGGGAGGCGAAGAGGCCCCCCGAGCCCAAGGUGCGGAAGAAACCGGGGCCGAAGCCGGGCUGGAAGAAAAAGAUCAAGACGGAGCGAGAGGAGCUGCCCAACAUCUAUAAGUGCCCCCAUCAGGGCUGCACAGCCGUGUACCGUGGAGCCGACGGCAUGAAGAAGCACAUUAAGGAGCAUCAUGAGGAAGUGCGGGAGCGACCCUGCCCCCACCCCGGCUGCAACAAGGUGUUCAUGAUCGACCGCUACCUGCAGCGGCACGUCAAGCUCAUCCACACAGAGGUGAGGAAUUACAUCUGCGACCAGUGCGGCCAGACCUUCAAACAGAGGAAGCACCUGUCCGUGCAUCAGAUGCGCCACUCAGGGGCCAAGCCGCUACAGUGUGAGGUGUGCGGGUUCCAGUGCCGCCAGCGAGCGUCACUCAAGUACCACAUGACCAAGCACAAGGCGGAGGCGGAGCUGGAGUUCGCCUGCGAGCAGUGCGGGAAGCGCUUCGAGAAGGCUCACAACCUCAACGUGCACAUGUCCAUGGUGCACCCGCUCACGCAGGGAGGGGCCAGCGACCCGCCCCAACCCCCGGAGGGCGAGGCUCUGAGCCCGCACUCUGCCUCCAGCUGAGACUGCAGCACAACUCUGGACUCCUACAGUGACCUUAAGGGCAGAGUGUCACGCCUCAUACACCUCACUCUGAACCCCAUGCCCCUAACCCUGUACUCCUCACCCUAUAGCCCACAACCUGUACACUUCACCCUGUAACCCUGUACCCCACACCAUGUACCCCUUACCCCCUGUACCCCACACCAUGCAGAAUACCCCUCCACCACAAACCACAUACUGCACACCCUGCUCCACCCCACACACACACACACCCUAUAUCCCACAUCGCAUACCCACCCUAUACCCCACACCACGUGUCCCCCAUAUACCACUCACCCUACACCCCAGACCGUACGCCCCACACACCCAGUACACGGCUCCCUCACACUAUGCAACACGUUCCUGACACCCCGCACACCUUACGCUCGCCUGCUUGCCGCCGCACCGCGACCCGGCCAGGCGCCGCACCCCAACCGCACCACUCAAUGAAGACUCGGACCGGUCUGUUCCCUGCCACCACUUGUUUUUAUUAUCUUCCUUUUGUGUUUAGCGUCUCCUGAACUACCAGUGGGCGCAGUGAAACUGUCUCGCUGGCUGGCGUGUCCAGGCGAGAGGCUGUCCUCUUACGCAGCCUUUAAAAAAAACAGAGGUGAACCUUAUCGAUGAAAUGAACCACCUUUUUUUUUUAGAGGAGUCUAGUAUUGUU